AGGGAAGGCGGGUCCCUGAAACUGGUCGAGUUAAUCGCAGGAAGCAAGUGUCUUGUGACGUCAUCUCAGGAAUGCGGUCAGGGCUCGGGGAGCUGCUGGAGAACCGGAAGGGUCAGGACGCGGGCGGCCGGGAUGGGCAGGAGGUAGCACCUGCUGGCUGGGCCCCCGCUUGCCGCAGCGGCUCCUGCUGAGCACCGCGGCAUCGCUAGGACGGAUCACAGGCCGGCACUGGAUUCGGAGCAGCCCUGUCCCCUCAGCCCAGGGCCCAGCCGCCGUGAUGCACACGCCCAUGGAGGAAUCCCUCUUCCAGAUCAUCGCCUGCUACCAUCAGUACGCCGCCCGGGAGGGGGAUGUGGAGACCCUGACCUUGGAGGAGCUGAAGGCUCUGCUUAUGGACAAUGUACCCCACUUCAUGGAGAGCCUGGGCCGGAAGGAGCCCUACUACCUCUCAGAGUUGUUCCGGGCAGCAGACAAGAACAAGGACAAGCAGAUCUGCUUCGACGAGUUCCUGUUUGUCCUGGGCCGGCUGCUGACGGACUACCACCUGCUGUACCACCGGCGGCUGUGCACCUGCUACUGCGCCCAGCACAGCCUGCACUAGAUAGAGAUGCGUGGACCUGCCCAGCCCGCACUAGAUAGAGA